AUGUCUCCCCCUUCGUCCGUCCCCAAAGAGUACCGACCCGACUACCUGCCUCCCAACGUCACCGGGCAGAUGCAGGAGGGCCUCCCUGGCAAGCAAAGGCCUCUCGACCCCGCUCCCUUCAACGACACUCUGGCUGACGGCAGCAAGUACAAGCCUGCUGGCAAGCUUGAAGGCAAGAACACUGUAAUCACCGGCGGCGAUUCUGGUAUCGGGCGUGCCACCGCUAUCCUCUAUGCCCGAGAAGGUGCCAACGUCUUCAUCCACUACCACCCGUCAGAAGACCAAGACGCCAAAGAUACCGUCAAGGAGAUUCAGCAGCACGAUCCCAAGGUCAAGGUGGAGGCCGUGGCAGCGGACCUCCGUACGGAGCAGGCGUGUUUGGAGCUCGUUGAAAAGAUCAAGAAGUGGUCAAAUGGCCGACUGGAUGUCUUGGUGAACAAUGCCGCAACACAGAACGAAGUGGAGAAUAUUGAACAGCUCGAGUCUGAGCAAUGGAGACAUGUCUUUGACGUCAAUAUCCACGCCAUCUUCUAUCUCACAAAGAGCCUCAUUCCUAUCAUCCCAUGGGGCGGGAGUAUCAUCAACAACGCGUCAAUCAAUCCAUUUGUUGGGCACCCCAAGCUGCUCGAUUAUUCAUCCACCAAGGGUGCUAUCGUCGGCUUCUCCAGAGCGCUUAGCAACCAAAUUGUCAAGGAGCGAGGUAUCCGCGUGAACUGCGUCUGUCCAGGACCAGUAUGGACACCUCUUGUGAUUGCCACGAUGGGCGAAGAGUCGUUGUCUGCCUUUGGCCCUACCACGCCUAUCGGAAGAGCAGGUCAGCCCAUCGAGGUUGCGACAGCGUUUGUCUUCCUCGCCAGUCCUGACAGCUCCUACUUUACCGCUCAAUGUUUCCAUGUGAACGGAGGAUCUGCGUACUAA